CAGAGAAGGCCACUUAAACAGUGUUAAAGCCGCCAAUAUUUUUGACGACUUUAGACAACAAUGAGUGAAUGACACAUUCAGAGUCCAGACUCUCAAGCUUAAUAUUUGUUUGAUCAUUCCUAAGAAGCAGGUGUCCAUCUGCUGAUUUCUCAGUUUUUACAUUCUUCUUUAUUUCUUUCCUCGCCUCCUCUUCUUGCACUUUGGUCACUCCCACCUGAGAUGCGAGUGGAGGCGGUGAAGAAGACACCAGAGGGGAGAGUAGUCGAGGCAACAGGCCAGACAUCCUUUGAAGUGAUGUUAAUGCUCUCGUCCAUGAUCUGUAUCACAUGAAAACAACAGUGUUCAUGAUGACUUAUAUAUUUAUUUAUAAUUCAGUUCACAGGGUGGUAUUUAGUCAAGCAACACAUUUUAUGUCAUUGUUUUGAAAUGUCUUGUGCAAUAGAUACUGCUGUGCAUUCUUUCUUUCCCUCUGUAACCUGUAAUUGUUCCCUGUCUGUCAUCACGGAGGAUCUUCCAGUCCCUUAAAUGCAACUCUUGAGAGAAGGGAGCUUAUUGGAUGAGUUAAGAGAAUGACAGAGGUGUGUCAUACCUGCGUCUUUUGACACCUCCACAGCUGUGCAGCUGUGAGUAGCUGAUUCUGCUUGACGUUAUAAAACCAAGAAUUUCACAUGUCUUUUACAUCCUUGCUUUGAGGAGCCACGAGAAAGAAACACGAGUGAGGGAAGCGAGGACGCGCAUCAUAAGCAGCAUAAUGAAAUGUAUCCGAAGAAUGAACACAUUCUUUAAAAUGUGUUGGUCCGUUCAUUUGUGAAGUUAAAAGCAUCUGUGUGAGGGGAUCCAGAUGUAUUAGUUUUAUAAAUCUCAAUGUGAUGAUGGAGCCUAAAUAUAUUAAAUUAUUAAUAUUUAAUAUUUUAUUAAGAUACUAUAUAUGUGAUGUUAUUUAAGCAAAUGUUGUGACUUUCUGUUGUUAAUGAAAACCUUUGCAGCAGAAACUGUAUAUGAGCCUUCUUUUGCUGACUUUGUUCUAGCCUUUGACCAGAACAUUAUCUAUGUCGUCUUUGUCAACAUUUCCUGAUGCUGGUCCGUAGAGACAAUUUAAGAGAAGCCACGGGGUCCACCGGGACAGCUAUCAGGAGUUAAAGGCAGUGUAGUGUGUCGACAUGCUGCUGCUCCAUUGUUGUCUUGGGUUUGAUGGAUGUUGCUGCUCCUCAUGUCAAGUGACCCCCACCUCUCCUCCUCCUCCUCCUCCUCCUCCACACUUCCGGGUCAUGCCACGUGACUCUCGCGCCCCCACAUGUCUCCUCUUCGCCACCGUCGCCCAAGUAAACAAUUCAGCAUCAUUUCAUUAUGUCUGCUAACAGUCCCCGAUUCUUAUCUUUGGAACAGGCUAAUAGCUGAGCUCACAGAGAGAUGCCUGCUGUCAUACAGCAGACUAGUCUGUGUUUCAUAAAAAAAUAAAAUAAAUAAAUAAAACGAGCGGAGCGGCGGCGGCUGCUGAUCUAACAUCUGUCUGUCAGAAAUUACACAUUUUAAAAGGUGUUAAGUUGACCUUGGAAUGAAACGAGCUUCAGUAAACAAAUUGUUUUCGGAUUUACCUGAUCAUAAUCGCUUCAUAACACCGUUGAUUAAAUGAAUCCACACGAGCAUUUAAAGCCCCAUCGCCUGGGAAACGGUUACAUACGUGGGUUUAAAAAUAGGCGCACGUUUUACAUCCCAUGUUGCAUAAAUAAGAAGCCGAUAUUUAUGAAUGGGAGCGGAAACAGCAAGCGUUAGUGCGUCGACAAAGUCCUGAUCACAUAUGUAAAAAAACAAAAAACAAACAAAGAAAAGAAAAUGUAUCAGUGAAGGGGGGCCUAUCUUUGUUGGAUAAAUAUCCAAAUAGUGCUCUUUUCUGCUAAAAUGAGGGCCUGCGUGGCUGUCAGUCUGACCCCCCCUCCGCCGAUGGUACAGUCUUGGUUCAUUCAUAAAAUUCUAGCAGAGCAUAAAAGGAGGGGCUUGCAUUCUAGUCGUCCAGUUACCAGGUAUAUACCUGGAGAAAAGACCCGCGUCGCUCUGCCCAGCGGAAGGCCAGAGUCAUAUUUGUCAUUGAUCAGGACUUUUUUUUUUUUUCCUCCUUCCUCCGUGAUGUAUCAUAACAAUCCGACGCCCGAUAUGGAGUCAGUCUCUCCCACCUGCCGGACAGAGUCUCCUGUCGGGACACUCUGCGAGAAGACGCCAGAAGAGGCGAGCUCUCCAGCCUCCUCCUCAGAGAGCAAUGCAAAGGAUGUCUGCAAUGACACGAGCGCCCAAGACACUCCAUUUGUUCCAACAGUUACAGCAAUUUCCUCUACCCCAGAUUUCCAGUGGAUGGUCCAGCCUACGAUUAUUACAUCUGUCUCCCCGUCUCCGGGUAGCAAGCAAGCCAAUGAACCGCUAAGCUCUCGCCAGGCAACACCCAAAGCAGGCGGGAAUAAGGGAAAAAAUGCUGCCAGAAAGGGGAAAACAGAGGAGCUGUCUCCAGAGGAGGAGGAGAAAAAGAGGAUAAGAAGGGAGAGGAAUAAAAUGGCCGCGGCGAAGUGUCGCAACAGACGGAGGGAACUCACAGAUACCCUGCAAGCUGAGACGGACAAGCUGGAGGAGGAGAAGGCAGCCCUGGAGACGGAAAUAGCCAACCUUCUCAAAGAGAAAGAGCGGCUCGAGUUUAUCCUCGCGACGCACAAACCGGUGUGCCAGAUGUCGGAAGAGCUCGAGUCCAUUUUCCAGGAGCCCACGGGGUCCCCGGAGCUGCCGCCCAGUCCGGAUGAGGACAGGCUUCCGGAUGAUGGCACCCAGGAAGCUCCGUCACUCCAGGACAUGGACAUCCCCAGUGAUCCGUCCACGGCCAUCUCCGGGAACUCCAACAUCUUGCUGUGCAGCAGCGCUGAAAUCAACAUCUGCGAUCUCGAGCCCUCUCUGGACAUUAAAGAGGGGCUGCUGGACAACAUGUUACCCAGUUUGGAGGAGAAAACCCCCUUGGAGACGGCUCGGUCCGUGCCAGACAUAGACCUGAGCAGUUCCCUCGGGGUCUCGGACUGGGAGACCCUGUACAAGUCGGUCUCCAGCGACCUGGAGCCCCUCAGCACGCCCGUGGUGACCUCCACCCCCACCUGCAGCAGCUACCUGUCCGUGUUCACGUUCGCGUGUCCCGAGCUGGACUCUCUCACAGAGGGACUAGACGGCCAUAAAGGUGGAGGAAAGAAGGCCGAAUCCGUCGACAUCCUCAACUCUCCGACUCUGCUGGCCUUAUAAUGUGCGGAGGGGAAGCGAUCUGUCUGAUCUCUCUGGUUUAUUUUUUUCUGUUUGCAGGUCCCUGACUUUGAAAUGAGCAACGUAUGCCACAGUAUGCUGUAACACUUCAAGGAGUACUUUCAUGAAAUGUCAUGUGCGCGACAAACGCAUAAACUUUCUCCAGACACACGGCCAACAGAGCGAUGUAGCUAAAAGCAUGGCUUUUAAUUUAAAGAGGGAGGAAGUUUAGAUUUUAAAACGCAUGCAGAGAAAACUCCAAAUAAUUUUCUUAUAUAUCUGAUCUGUUACUAGAUCUAAGGUGUCAAGUGGAAUUCAGUGUAACAGUAUGGUUUCGUGUUUUGGUGUCAAUAGUGUAUUGAUUGCUGUAAAUGUUGUAUUUACACAUUCAUCUACUGUAUGUUGAGUACUUACAUACCUCAAUGUCAUCCACUGUGGUUUGACCUCAUUGUUAAAACGUUGAAAGUUUUCCAUGAAAACAUCCAGUGCUAUAUAUAAAUAUAUAUAUAUGAUAUAUCUUAUCAAGAUGUAACUUAUGAUUUAUUUUUUUACCUUUCAGAGUUUGACUUAUUUGUUAAAUUGAAAAAGAAAAAUGAGCAUCUAUUGCUUAUCUAUGCUGCUGAAUAAUAAUAAAUCUACGUUCACAGUGGU